AUGCCACAUUUCGACAUCAUCACCAACGUGAUGCUGUUGAACAGCGUCAGUGUCCUUUCUGCAGUGUUCCAGGUGUGGGCCGGGUGCAUCGCCCAAGAGAGGAAGAGGAUCAUUGCCAUCCCCAUCAUGGCUAUUGUGCUGAUCUUACUGGGGUACUUGCUCUUUGCUCUUGGCUUUCUCCUAGAAAAAAGGAAUGAUCCUCAGAUCGAGACUCAAGUCGCAAUAUCGGUGAGAACAGCCAUACUUGGGUCCGUCCUCGUCUCUCUAAACUGGUGGGAGAACUACACCACCCUCUUUAACAUUACCUUCUUAGAGAACAUGUCGAAGGACAUUGCCAAAUCUCGGAACAUGAUAGUGUCCUCUGCGUUGUGUCAUUGGUUUGUGGUGGUGGCCUGCAAGAUGCACGCCCUGAGAAGUAGCUUUGCCGUGCCCAUGUACUUGGCUUCAGUGGCCGUCCUAGCUGUAAUCUUGGGUCCAAUGAUCUUCAUUUAUAGAACAUCGGAAGACACUACUACUCACUGUGAGAACCUGAAAGACAUCCAAAUCUUCAACAAAACCUUCAAAGGUCCAGAAUGGGCCUUGAAGCUAGUGGUCGACAACACACAAACGCUGUGUGCCCGGAAUGAUGUGCAGGAGCUGGACAAGGCCACCCUCGCUUUCCUGGGCAGCUCCACCAUUAACUGGUGGUUGGGGCUCAUCCUGAGCACCAUCUACAUCUGGUUCCUGCGCAUUCAGCGCAUCGAGAGAACCCAAGGCCUGUUUGUCAGGAGGCUCUAUGAAGGUCCUUUUCUAGAACAGUCCAUGUUGCUCAACACACGAUUUGAGAUCUUGAAAAUAAACAAGUCUAAAAGAUUGGACAAGUACAGGCCGAAGGGGAACCCGAGCAAUGAUGUGGGUUUUGAGUUCCACAUCUUCUUCGAUGAUGCUUACAAAGACGUUACAGACAGCUGUGGACGGCAUGUGAACGAGUACGCAGAAACUGUAGUGGAAGUACUAAGGGAGGUGUACAUAGUCUUCAGUGAGGAUGACCCGAGUCUAUUCAAACAGAGGCCUCUGCUGCCCAGUCAGAAGAUCAUCAACACACCGUAUGGCGGGCGGCUUCAGUACAUUCUGCCCAAGGGCAACACCCUCAUGGUGCACUUCAAGGACAAGCUGCUGAUUCGGCACAAGAAGCGGUGGUCACAGAUAAUGUACCUCUACUAUCUGCUUGGCUGGAGAUUAAACAACAAGUAUGCUAGAGUUUGGGCAGGUUUGGGCAGGGCAGGUUUGGGCAAGUUUGAUCAAGGAAUAGAUGAGAAGACUCUGGCAGAGGAACUAAAGAGAGAAAAGGACAACACGUACAUCCUGGCAUUGGACGGGGACACUGAUUUUCAGCCAUGUGCAGUGAUGCUUCUUGUCGACCGGCUGAAGCAGUACUCAGAGGUGGGCGCAGCCUGUGGCAGGAUUCACCCUACUGGCUCAGGUCCCAUGGUGUGGUACCAGAAGUUUGAGUAUGCGGUGGGCCACUGGAUGCAGAAGACCGCUGAGCAUGUGAUGGGUUGUGUGCUCUGCAGCCCCGGCUGCUUCAGCCUGUUCAGGGCCUCGGCCCUCAUGGACGACAACGUCAUGAAGAAGUACACCACCAAAGCCACCGAGGCAGGCCACUACGUGCAGUAUGACCAAGGUGAGGACCGCUGGCUGUGCACCCUGCUGUUGCAGCAGGGCUGGAGGGUGGAGUACAAUGCGGCGGCGGACGCCUACACCAACGCCCCGCAGGACUUCAAGGAGUUCUAUAACCAGCGGCGCCGCUGGGGGCCCUCCACCAUGGCCAACACCAUCGACCUCCUGGGCUCUGGCAAACUCACCUCCCAGAAGAACAGCUCCAUCUCUAUGCCCUUCAUCCUCUACCAGAUCAUCACCAUGAUGGCCUCCAUCUUGGGCCCGUCCACCAUCUGCCUCAUGAUCGCAGGAAGUUUGAUCUAUAUUUUCAAACUUGAAGCCAAUCAUGCCUUGAUAAUUGCAGUAGUGCCCCCUGCUGUCUACCUCGGGCUCUGCUUCAAACUGAAAUCAGACACACAGAUCAAAGUAGCUGGGGUGAUGAGCAUCGUAUAUGCCUUAUUCAUGACAGCGACAAUUCCAACAAUCAUUGGUCAGAUGGUGGAGGAGCAGACGUUUGUGACGCCCGCAGGCAUAUUCUUCAUCAGCAUGGUGCUGAUGUACGUCAGCGCAGCUGCGCUGCACCCCCAGGAGUUCUCCCUGGUGGUGUACGGCCUCCUCUACUUCCUGUGCAUCCCCAGCGGCUACCUGCUGCUCACCAUCUACUCCAUCGUCAACAUGAACAACGUGACGUGGGGCACGCGGGAGAGCGGGGGUGGUGCGGCCAAGACUCCUCUGGCGGCCCUGCAGCGGCGCACCCUGCAGGCCAAACUCUGCGAAUGUCUCUGCUGUAGGGCCCCCCCCGAGGAGGAACCCAAGCAAGACAUGGUGGCUCAGACAAUGGCAGGAACUGAAAUGCAAGAACUGGAUGACUACCAUGACUGUAAACCACAAGAGAGAAUUUAUACCAUGAUCCAUUAUGUGUCAUUUAUUGACACUGAGACCAAAUCUGGGCGAAAGUUACAGAAGCAACAAUCCUCUGAUGAGCUUGAUGAGCAGGACCCUGACAUCCUAGAAGCACAUCUUUACAAAAAUGGGCUGGGCCAGGAAGCACUAUGCUUCCAGAACCCAACAGCAGUGGAGCGCUCAGUGAAGCUGGUGUAA